CGCUGUUAUUGCGCAAUCAAGAGAAAAUUUCUAUCUAAUGUAAAUCUUUCGUCACUAGACACUAAACAACAAAAAUGGUUCUAUUUAAAUGCAUCAAUCCCCGCCAAUUCAGCAUUUACAAGUGCAUGUGUAGGAGGCACUAAUAAAGAUAUCAUAUUUCUUUUAGAACACGUUAACCCAAAUAACACAACAAAUAAUUACACUGUUGUAUAUGAGAAUGAAGUUAAAGAUUAUGUG